AUGACGAGCUCACCGACUAAGCAGGCAGAACUUCGGCAUUUAGGCUCCCCACGUUCGCCUGGGCGUCUUCGGAAGCUUCAAUCAGCACAUCAGCUCUCGACUCAUUUUGCUUCUGGUACCAAUGGGCCUUCUUUGAUCACUCAGCAGCGCCAACAACAACAACGAAAUGCAAGCAUAUCUCAAAACCCACCGGUCCCCGCAAUACCUCCACAGUAUUCACCACAAAAGUCUGCUAGAACUAGAUCCAAUAGCGAGACCGAUACGUCGGGUCUUCCCAAACCAGUUGCACCCCCGAAGCGUCUCGGUGUUUCUCACAAGGCCCCCACGUUCAAGAGUGACAAGGAAGAGUUGGAAUGGAAGAUUAGACAUGGCCCUCAAGGAAGUCUUUCACAUGCCAGAAAGGAUCUAGGAGAUCUGAUACUGCGUGGGGCGCUUGAGGCAGACCGAGAUGGCAUGGGACAGACACUUGACACAAUCACCCGCAUCCGUAGUCCAGACUUGCCGGCAUCUGACUUAUCUAUUGAUUCGUUGAGCGACAAUAAUCUUACUGUGAGAAGCCUAGCCAAUGGCAGCUCAAUCCCCGGUAUUUACGUUCAGGGCAUGAACGUCUUAUGUGCUCCAUUCCUGUAUGUCGCUCGAAGCGAAGCUGAGGCUUUCGUCCUGUUUCAUGACUUCAUCACACGAGAAUGUCCAGGCUAUAUACGAGGCGCUAUGGACGGUGUCCACAAAGGACUUCAGCUUGUUGAUCGCUGUCUUGAGAUUGCUGACCCUGUCCUCUCAGCUUUUCUGCUUUCGAGAGGGCUAAAAGCAGAAAUCUACGCCUUUGCUUCGGUUCUUACGAUGUGCGCCUCUACUCCGCCGCUACAGCAAGUCCUACGUUUGUGGGACUUCCUGUUUGCAUAUGGCGUACAUCUGAACAUCCUCUGCAUAUGUGUGCAGCUCAUGCGCAGGAAACAUGAGCUAAUGAAUGACAAGAGCCCUGGCAGCUUGCUUCGUACAUUCCCAGAUUUAGACGCCGAAGAUAUCAUCGGGGGAACCGUCAACCUCAUUCAAAAGAUACCAGAUGAUCUCUAUCAGGAUCUUGUCACCCACAUGAAAUGA